AUGCAGACCAGCAUAGGCCAGCGGGCGCUGAGCACACUUGCCUCCAAGCUCCACCCGCAGCUGCCCCUCACCCCGCGCGAGAGCCAGCAGCUCCUCACCCUGCUCACCACCUCGUUCCGCACCCACCUCGACCGCGAACACCCUGUGCAUGUCUCUGAGAAAAAUCAAACGCCGGCCGUGCACACGCUCGUCGGCCAUGAAGACUACCGUUCGUCCCGUGCCACAUCCUCGUCCGCUUUGGCGUCACAACAUAUCCAUGCUGUGCUGUCCAACCCUCUCUUCGCCGUGAAGCCCUCCCGCAGACGCUCGCAGUCUGCUGCAUCACACCUUCUGAAAGAUCCCAUGGGCUGGUUCUUGAACGAGAUCGCCACAGGAGAUGCUACCCUCUCCAAGGCUUCCAUGUGCCUUGACAUGCUUGACAAACGCACAGCUGAACAGCCUCCUCAGCUGCACGACGGCAAGACACACGGCGCCAUGAUUGCUGAUUGGCUCCGCUCUAGUGGGCUGGAUGCCUCCAAGGAAUUCCUCGAGAUGUGUAUUGCAAAGCCCCACACCAAGCGACCGUCUGACACGUUCCUCUCUCGCCUUGUAUCCCUGCUGAUCGCUCAUGGCAAGAAGCCGCUCGUGUGGAAGUGGUACACCCGCUCUUGCUGUUCAGGUCUGCAGCCUGCAAAGGCACUUUUGUUCAGGAAGCUGCUGCUGAAGCACAUGGUUCACGCUGAAGCGAGUCGAGACAUCUACCGAGGCAUUGUUCUGUUCAGAAGAGCUUACGAAAUGAUCGGCAAGCAGAGUGACAAAUCAUACGAACAGCUGAGACCAGCUGGGCAGUAUCUCGUGCAAGCCGUCAUGUCGAAACCAACAAACACUAUUGGGCGUGAACUCUACAAUUCAUUCAGGCAUUCUACUCAGCUGUGGAUCAACAGUAGGUGGUCUCAAGCCGUAGACUCGAUGUUAUGGCUCCACCAUCCCACCACGGCGUCGGCUGCACCAGGGCUUCGUUUCAUCAUGGACCCUGCCGGCGCUGCUACGUACGCCAACGCCAUACCAAGUCAAAGACGCUUUAUUGUGCAGCUCAUCCUAGGCAUUGCCCGCCAGCUACUCGAAGAAGAGAGCUAUCGAGACGCACAAACCGUCAUGGCCUUUGCCAAGCAACAUUUUCCCGACCUUGUGUUGUCGAAUCUCUCAACCGAACAGCAGCCAGUUGCGGAUCGCUUGUCGAAGAAGGUCGAGAGGGAGCGGAGACGGGAGGAGAGGAACCUUGAAUUGCUGGACAGUCUUGUUUUGACAUGA